AUGGGCUACAUGGAGAAAAAUAUUCAGUUUUUGCCAUAUGCCAAAAAUUGGAAAUUUACUUUAAAUAGUUUCCUGCAGCGGCAGCUUCAGGACGGAGAUAUCAUCAACGUUGAUGUCACUGUGUAUUUGGAUGGUUACCACGGUGACACCUCAGAGACCUUCUUGAUCGGCCAGGUGGAUGAGGGCGGGCAGCGAUUGGUGGAAGCAGCCGGGCGAUGCCGAGAGAGGCCCAUCGCUGCCUGCAAGCCGGGCGCCCCGCUCUGUGUUAUAGGAAACACUAUCAGUGAAGUUGCUCACGCCAGUGGCUUCCAAGUGUUCCCUACUUUCAUUGGACAUGGGAUAGGUUCCUACUUCCACUGCCAUCCUGAGAUCUGGCAUCACGGUAAGUCUGCGUCUGUGGUCAGCAGAGACUUCUACAGGAGCCCCUGGCCUUGUGCACAC